GUUUACAUUUUUCCGAAUUAAAGGUUUCACAAUGAUUACAGCUAAUGAGCUAAUUUUUUCACAGGAUCAUUUUUAAAAGAAUAUUUAGAUGUUAAUUAAUAAAUUCAAAACAAACAAAUAUAUGCGUUUCUUGACCUUGUGUCCUUCUAAUCAGCAAUCGUCAUGACGUGAGGUCGCUAGGUCAAGGCCAAACACGCAACACCCGCAUACCAGAUCGCCGUUGAUGUCUGUCGAAACAAAAGAAUCAGAUAAGAAUCACAGAUGCAUGUGACCGAUUUUCAGAACAGGUGUAGCAGAAUUUAGAUGUUUAGUCAGCUACAUGAUUCUCUAACAGAUGAAAUGGAACAGAAAAUAAGUCAUUUGCUGCAGUCUGCAGUCAUUUCACUCUGUUCUCAGCAUUACUCAGAAAAGUUGGAAGUGGACGGGAUAAUCUGCAUCUCUUCACAGCAGUCAAACUUCCAGCAUGUGGUGAAAAUCCACCAGAAAGUUGAGCCCACCAACCUGCCUUUCAGUCAACGAGUCUCUAGGGAUUCCUCCCCAGCACCUCCCCCAAAGCCUGUCGCAGCAUGGACGGAUCAACAGGUUAAAGUAGGGACAGCUCCAGAGAAAACAAAGUCCAGAAAACGCUCAAGAAAUACAGAGGACAAUGAUCCAGACUUUAACUGUAAUAUAUCAAGCAGUGUAGAUAACUUUCCAACCAUUGUAAAACAGCUUCACAAACGUAAGUCGCGAGCUCAGAAAAUAAGCAGUUAUACAGAAUAUGAAACAGAUGGAUCUGAGAGUCCUGGCUAUGGAUCUGAUGCUCAAGAUGGCCGUUAUGGAGUCAGUGACAGUAAUGUAGGAAAAGAGCCUAUGGGAUCUGCCUCUGUGCUACUCAAACUAUUGGCAAAGCCUCACAAAAGGUCAAUGCUAGCAAACCAAUCAAAUUCAGUUCCUCCAGGUAUUGAAAUGGUCAAUUUAGAGGGAGCAUCUAAAGCAGGAAUGGAAUAUCAGAUCAGACUAAAUGAUGGUGCAGUAACCAGUAAAGAGCAUGUCCCUGAAGGUGAGGACACAACAAAAUCUAUAGUCCCAGCAGUUAAAGAGGAGCCUGCCUGGGAUGGGGAGUAUGGGGGGAUGGACCGACAGGAACAAAACAGUGAGUGUGAUGAAAAUAAGAAAGAUGACAGUAGUGUUGGGGCUAAUUCAGACUCAUCAGAAAAAAAUUCUAUUUUAAUGAAAAUUUUAGAGGGUAAGAGUUUGAGAGAGGCAUACAAGUCAGAAAAUAGUCCGUCACCGGGAUUACAAUCCCCAAAUUUGGAGGAAAAAUCAAAAUCUUCAGAGCAAGAGAACUCAUUACUUUAUCGACUGCCUUUUGUUUCAUUCCAAGAUCUUUUCCCACAAAACUCGCAAGACAUAUUGCCCAAUGACAACAACCCUGUGAGAAAGGAGAGUGGUGGACCUAAAAAGCCACUUACUCUUCAAACUCUAGAGUACACAAAAACAGGUGGUGUUCCAACUUCUCAAGGGAACACAACUUCUCAGGCGUACACAAGUACACCAGCUCAAAAAACAGAUCAAAAAUAUUCCACACGUCUGUCAUCAGGAAAGAAAAAUCCAAUUAGUUACCAGGAAAUGUUGGGAAGUGUAAGUUACAGCUCAGACGAUGAGAAGGACCAGGGUGAGAGAGAAAUCGAUGAUGAAAUGUACACUCCACAACAGUCCGAAUAUCAGCUUUUCACUCAAGAGGCAGAUAUGAUGGAAGUUAGUACCGGGGCAAAGCGUAGAAAAAUGGGACCAAGGUGUAAAGUUAGUAACAAACAAGGAACAAAUGGAAAGGGAUCUGAUAAGCCUAAACCCACAGUUGUGUGUAGCAGUGACCGGUUUGAGUGCAGUAUUUGUGGACGAAUCUUUAAUAAUAGAGCUGUACGUGACAUGCAUGAGGAUGCAGAGCGUGCUGAACACUUCUUUAAGUGCCCCCUUUGUGAUGGAUUCUUUGGAAGUGAAGAAUCAAAACUCAUUCACAUGCAAGACAGACAUGGAGUGGCCACCAAAGAAUUUGCCGAAGAAAGAGCUAAUAAGAAACUAGUAGCAGCCAAAAAUAAGUCGCUGGCAAAGAAAGAAGCAAUGCUGACGAAGAAAGCACUUCUUGAACAAAAUGAAGGAAAUGGACCAGUAGGGAAUGGAUCUAGGGAGAACAGUCAGGAAUCGUUCUCUGUAGAGGUGAAGGAAGAGAAAAUAGACGAAAACUCGAUAGAAUGCGACAUGUGUGAUAUGAAAUUUCUAGGACAAGAUGAACUCAAAGCACACACACAAACCUUUCAUGGAGCAGUCUGAUAAUAAAUUUAAUCGGAAACAUCGGUGUUUCAAUGUUAAAUACAAUGUUAGUGAUUUUAUACAAUAUCCAACUUGCAUUAGUCUAGUUUUUGUGAAAUUUUUUCACAUGGUAUUAUAAUUUUUUCUUUAUUCCUUUGCAGAUGGUAACAUAACACAAUAUAUAAAGAAGUCAAGAAUUUUGUAUUUAAGAGAUUU